UGUGAAACAGACAUUCUUCUAUAUUCUGGAUGAAUCUUAUGCCCUCUUUCUUCAAUAUUAUAUAAAUAGUUAAUAAGGAAAUGAGAGGGACAUUGUGAAUCUCUCACAUUUGUCUCAUCUGUAAUACAUAGGUUUCCUCACUUAACAAGGAUGGGGUUAUAAGCUGGUCUUUUAACAAAGGACACACUAAAAAACUAAAUAUUAGGAUGCUCACAUGGUUCAGUUGGUUUUUUCCCUUAUAAUAAAGAGCAAGUGUUUGCUGGGCUUCCAACUAAGCACACACUUAAAAACAAGAAUGAUACUGACAGUGACAUAUUUGUCUAUAAAGUUGCUUGAAUAUGCCAUCCAAAUUCUAAUAUUAUUUGCUUCCUUUGUUUAAGUAUGCUGGCUAACCAUAAAUAGGAACUUGGUCCUGACAUCUUUGUUUGGAUUUUGUGAGGAAAUGGAGAAAGCAGCAGAGGUAGUAGUAAGAUUUGGCAACGAGGAAGAAGAUGGUUAUGAUGCAGUUGUGGUGGGGUCUGGAUAUGGUGGUUCAGUUGCUGCUUGUCGGAUGUCAAUGGCAGGAAUUAAAGUGUGCUUGGUUGAGAAAGGCCGGAGAUGGGAAGCUAAGGAUUUUCCAACUAACAGUUUAAAGAUCAUAUCAGAUGCGAGGAUUGAAAAGAAGAGCUUGGGCAUGAGCUUUGGUCCAAAAGAUGCUUUGUUUCAGGUGUAUGAACAAGAUGAUUCUCUAGCGGCAGUGGCCUGUGGACUCGGUGGAGGUUCACUAGUGAAUGCAGGGGUGAUGAUUCCAACCCCAAUUCGUGCAAGAAGGAGUUCCAAAUGGCCAAAGGAAUGGGAAGAAGAUUGGGAAAUCUGUGAAGCUUCUGCUUCAGCCAUGCUGAGAAUACAAAGCAUUCCUGUCAAAUUUCCUAUUGCCAAAACCAUGGAAGAGAUAGCUGAACGAGAGAUUGAAGAAAGUUUCCAAAGGCCAAUGAAGCUAAGCGUCAAUUUCAGUCAUGAAGAACAACAAUUGGAUUCAAUGAAGCCAAAACAGAUGGGGAGCUGUUUAGCCUGUGGAAAUUGUCUUUCUGGCUGUCCUUAUAAUGCCAAAAACUCUACAGACAAAAAUUACAUCGAUCUGGCGGUUCAGGCACAUUUUCCUCUGCCUUAUAUUCUUUAAGUUUGCGUAUUUGUUGAGUGAAAAUUUUGACAUCCCAUGACAAUUGCUCUGUUAGUCUUAUAUGGUAUACUGAGGUGCAAUUCCAUAGA